AUGAAAAUAUGGAGAAAAAAACUAGCCAUCCGUAGUCUUCGUUGUGGAAUUGGAAGCAUAGACUACAUAGAUACAUUAUUAAUAAUAGAAGAUGAUCUUGAUGAAGCUGAUAGAAGUGAAAGGGUGGGUGAGUUUGGAGAAUCAUCAUCAGAAUGUCCAAGCAAUGUCCAUCAAAUGCAAUUUAAGAUAUACAAGGCUCUAGCAGUAUGA